CCUUUCUUUGCAGGAUUCUGGUUCUUUUGACCACUUGCCUGUGUUCAUGGCACGGUCGAAAAGAAAUACGGUCAAAGGUUCUUCUUGAUAUCUAACAGCUGCUUAAAAAUACCGCGACGCGCAAAAGCACGACCUGGAUUGGUUAGGAAUACCUAAUUCCCGAGUUGAUAGCAAGAAAACAAACACCCUUAGCAACGACUGGGCUUGGGGAAACCAAUGUAACCCCGGACGAUUUCAUUGAUACUGCUGCAAGCGAAAAUGAAAUCUUUUCAUUUAUCGGAUAGUGACAUGUCUAAAUAUCAAGAUAGCAAUUUAGCUGGAAGAAGAGAGUCAACCACCGAAAGCAGCAGCGGAGGUUCGGGUCGAUCAACGCAUAGCGAGAAAGGGUUGAGUUCUCAUCAUCACGGAGGAGUUGCGGAGAUUGUGGCCGCCGCUAUGGCGGGUCCUCGGGAAAAACUCGCAGAGAGUGAGAGAAAAGCACAAACCUUCGUGGAAAGCCAACAGGUCGACGCUGCCAUCCAGGAGCAGGUGCGGUGCUUGGCGCUGGUGAGGCUGGUGUAUGGGGAGGGGCACCUGAGGCUGGCAGAGGCGCACGCCAAACUGGCAGAGGGCUACCUGCAGCUUAAAGGCUGGGCACAGCAGGCCAGGGAGCAUUCAGUCCAGGCCCAGGACAUCCUGCACCUCCGCAGCCCCGGGCCCGCAGAGCAGGGCGGGGAGAAGGCCAAAACACUGAGGUGCCUCCUCUCUGUGUGCCACACGCAAGGACAGGCCGCCCUGGUCCUGGGGGAUCUGGAGGAAGCGGAGGCCAGCCUCAAGACGGCAGAGCGGAUCGUGGGAGACCUCCAACAGCAGGAGGGCGCGGCCGGAGAGGAGACGACGGCAAAAACCGAGUUUGAAAUCUCCACCGCCUUGUCCAGGCUGUGUCAGCGCCAGGGGCGGCCAGAGGUGGCGCUGUGCCAGUGUAAGAGGGCCCUGCGGCUGGCAGAGCGCCGUCUGGGGACCGCCGAGACCUGCGCCGUCUACAGGGACAUGGCCGCCAUCGAACAGGCAGAGGGCCGGCUGGACAAAGCCAUACGGCACCUGCAACAGGCUCACUCAUUGGCUCAGAGUCGGGACCCUGGAGGCUUGGAGGAGGCCCGUAUCGCCCACAGCCUGGCCCUGGCGCACUCCACCCUGCGUGAGCCUGGCCACAAGGACAGCGCCCUGCGCUUCUUUGAGGAGAGCCUGGCGGCGUACUCGAGGAUCGUGGGUACGCAGGACGCUCUGACCCUGUCCGUCCAGGACGACCUCAGCCACCUGCUCCUGCUGAUCGGCCAGCAAGAGAAUGCAGUUAGAAUCCAGAGGGAGUCCCUGGCUCCGAAGAGGAGCGUGUUCGGCGAUCUGAGCGAGGAGGUGGCCGACACCCUGCAGCUGAUUGGAGGAGUGGAGAUGACCCAGGGGGACAUGAGGCGGGCCCACAAGAGUAUGAGCAAGUGCCUUGAGAUUCAGAAGCUGCUCCUUGGUCCCCAGCACAAGAAGACGAAGGCCACACAGCGAACUGUGGACAUGCUUUCGGAGGCCCCAGAGGUUGCUGGGAGGCAGCAGAAGGCAGGCAGUCUGAAAACUAGACCUCCUUUCUGUGCAGUCAUACCAUCCCAUAAUGCACCAGGAGGCACAAAUGUAGCUCCUUUUGACUCUUAGUAGGCACACAAAGCCUUAGUGUCAGGCCCUAAAUUAAACUGGAGGUGUCCAAAGACUCAUGAGGUGAUGCCUUCUCACCCUCUUUGUCACCAGAGUGAAGAGGACCGGGUGUGGAAUUUUUUUUAAAGCAGAAGACAUUUCCCUUUGUCUCACAGACCCUUUUGCGGAAAGUUAAACUUCACUGAGGCUUUUGUCAGGCCUGUUGCCACAGAAACUUGUGUGUUGUUUCUCUGAAUAAGAGACGCUGAGGGUGGCUAGCCUCCCCUGUAGCUACGCACGCUAAAAUGCACACACGCUGACAGGCCUGGCUGGAGAACAGCAGAGUCUGGAACAUUCUGCUGUGUCCCAGUGAGGAACAGAUGGCUGUUAUUUUUUAAAGCAGAGUGUUUCAAGAAAGACAAUGACUCAAGAGAUGCCCUGAAAUAACUGUUUAAUAGUUUUUCUGCAGCAUUUACCAGUUUCAAGAAAAAAUACAAAUCUGUUUUUUCUGUUUUUUAUCCUUUAGCCCUCAAUAAUCGUUUAAAAAACGGAUGAACACAACGUGUCUCCUUUUUAAAAGUUCCCAAUUAAUACCAUUCUUAAUGAGUAAUCAUGUGAAAAAGAUCUCCACUGAAAGUGUCCAACCGAGGUGGUGGUGUGCCACAGCGACAAUCAUGCGGUGUGUCGUUCAGUGUAUGUUUGGCAGACAUUCACCUUGUGUUGAGCAUGCAGUACGUCCUGUACUCACAAGCCCAGACGUUUUUACUUGACAUUCCACGGUUCACAACGUACUGUUUCUAAUAUCUGAUUAAAUAUGAUAAAAAGUGCAUCAGAGUAAAACCAAGUCAGGUUUGGAGGGGGAAAAAAAGCCAUUUUCAUACUUUGAUUGAGGCCUAAUCACACCUCCACCAGAAGGAUCCUGAAGCAGAUGUUUAAUGCAAACUAAGACAAACUACAUUCAGUGUGACCAUAAUUUAUGUACCGUUUACAGUGCACAGGGCUAGUUGCGAAAAUGUUUUUCCCUUUUUUAACGAAAAGAUUGCAUUUGGAAAUUGUUUCCAAUCUAAACGUGUGCAUUAAUGGUUAUUUAAGCAUUCUAAAUAAACCCGAAGCUGCAAACUCA